AUUAAUUUUCCACCUUUUUUCUCUUCAAAUUCCCCCCCCACCAAAUUUCAUAAUGGGGGGGUGGAAAAUAUUUUGGACGCCAUCUUUUCUUCCCCUUGUAUAUUAAAACAUUUUUGAGGGGGUUUGGUUAAGUAGCUUGGAACUUUUUCCUUAAGAAAGGGAAGGGGGGGUCUUUAAAUUGAAAACUAGCGAAGGAGAGAGAUCUGAUCUUUACAGGAAACCCUCACACAAAAACAAAAGUCUGUAGGAUAACUUUUGUUUGUGUGUAUAGGGGAAAAAAUAGAAACCGUUGGGGGGGGGGGGUGUUCCCGAAGAAAGACUGGCGUAGCUUUCGUUAUUUUGUGUACAUAUAUGAAAAGGGAAGGGGGGAGAGGAAAGAGAGUGAGGAAAUAUAUUUUUAUUGAGUGAGUAGGGAGGGGUGGGCGAAAUUCCUGAGGCCAUGGCAUCUCCAGUGAGGCACCCAGAAGAGGAGGAGGAUGAGGAGGACAUGGACGAACGCAGCGGCGCCGGUUUGCAGCUUUUCCCGCCAGCGGCAGCAGAAGAUGUGGAAGAGGAGGACGAAGAGAUUUCAGACAGUGAAAGUACCAAAAAGAAGAAGAAGAAAUUCCUGAAAAAACAAAAGGAAAAUAAACCAACUAAGCUGAAGAAGCGGAAGAAAUUGGAACAGCUCACCUCCACACAACCCUCAGCAACCGUGAGGGCGGGAUGGUCUGAGCCCCAGACUUUGCGACGUUCGCGGUCAGCCCCACUCCAUGACCAGCCUUUUGGAGGAACCCACGCACUGGCACGGACCCAAGCACAGGAAAGUGAAGAUGAAAUCGCCUCUGAUCUGGAGGAGCUCAAGGAGAAAUCAGACAGUGGUGGCAGUGAUUUUGGGAAGAAAAAGAGAAAGAAACGAAAGGAGAAGAAAGAGAAGAAAAUUAAGCGAAGGAAAAAGGAGCAGGGUGAGGAGGAGGAAGGUCGUAAGGCUGAACCGAAGAGCUCUGCUCGCCUACUGGAGGACUGGGGCCUGGAAGAUGUCGAUCAUGUCUUCACUGAAGAUGACUAUCGCACUUUAACUAACUAUAAGGCCUUCAGCCAGUUUAUGAGGCCACUCAUUGCCAAGAAGAACCCGAAGAUUCCAAUGUCCAAGAUGAUGACAAUCCUUGGUGCCAAGUGGCGAGAGUUCAGCGCCAACAGUCCGUUCAAGGGGUCGGCAGCUGCGGUGGCAGCAGCUGCUGCAGCAGCAGCAGUUGCAGCUGUGGUGGAACAGGUGUCCACUGCUGGUGCCUCAUCAGGGAGCCUUCCUGUGGCACCAGUGCUCCCCAUCCGCAAAGCCAAGACCAAAGAGGGCAAAGGUCCUGGUGCGAAGAAACGGAGCAAGAGCCCGAGGGUUCCAGAUGAAAAGAAGAAAAAGAGGAAGAAGAUGAUUCCCUUGAAAAUUAAACUGGGUAUAAUGGGGUCAAAGAGGAAGAAAAGCUCCUCGAGUGAUGAGGCAGACUUGGAUGCAGAGUCAGAUUUUGAUGAUGCCAGUGUGCACAGCUCAUCAAUUCGAUCUGACAGCUCUGUUGCACCCCUGAAAAAAGCAAAGCUGAAAGCUAAGGUUGGCCGUAAGAAGAGGAAGGUUGCUGGUGAAGAGGAGGCUGAUGGGUAUGAGACUGAUCACCAAGAUUACUGCGAGGUAUGUCAGCAGGGAGGAGAGAUCAUCUUGUGUGACACCUGUCCUAGAGCCUACCACUUGGUUUGCCUGGAUCCAGAGCUAGACAAAGCACCAGAAGGGAAGUGGAGUUGCCCCCACUGUGAAAAAGAAGGUAUUCAAUGGGAGGCAAAGGACGAGGAGGAAGAAGAGGAGGAUGAAGACGAGGAGGUGGAGUUAGGAGGCGAGCGGGAGGAAGAGGAUGAUCACAUGGAAUACUGUAGAGUCUGUAAAGACGGUGGGGAGCUACUGUGCUGCGAUGCUUGUCCGUCCUCCUACCAUAUUCACUGUCUCAAUCCGCCACUUCCAGAAAUUCCCAAUGGCGAGUGGUUGUGCCCCCGCUGUACAUGUCCUCUGUUGAAAGGCAGAGUCCAGAAGAUUCUUCAUUGGAGGUGGGGUGAACCACCAAUACCAGUCCCUGUGCCCAGACCACCUGAUGCCAAUCCUGAGGAUUCUCCACCGAAACCACUGCAUGGGCGCCCUGAACGGGAGUUUUUUGUUAAGUGGGCUGGCUUAUCAUAUUGGCACUGCUCCUGGGUCACUGAGCUGCAGCUGGAGAUUUAUCACUCGGUGAUGUUCCGGAAUUACCAGCGAAAGACUGACAUGGACGAGCCACCUCCAUUUGAUUACUGCUCUGGGGAUGAUGACACCAAGAGUGAAAAGAGGAAAGCCCAGGACCCGCAGUAUGCUGCAAUGGAAGAGAAGUUUUACCGCUAUGGGAUAAAGUCUGAGUGGAUGACCAUCCAUCGUAUCCUGCAGCACAGUAUUGACAGGAAGGGAAACUACCACUACUUGGUGAAGUGGAGAGAUCUGCCAUACGACCAGGCCACUUGGGAGAAGGAUGAGCUGGAAAUACCGGAUUAUGAUUCGCUCAAAGUUGCAUACUGGAAUCACAGGGAGAUGAUCAUGGGGGAGGAUCCCACCAGGCCAAAGAAAACAAAGAAGUUCAAGAAAAUCAAGGAGUUCUUGGCUGACAAGCCUCCUGGCUCGCCUGCUAUAGAGCCAACAAUUAAAUACGAAGUACAGCCAGACUUCAUUACUGUCACUGGUGGAACUUUGCACAUGUACCAGUUGGAGGGGCUAAACUGGCUGCGCUUCUCCUGGGCGCAGGGCACUGAUACCAUCCUCGCUGAUGAGAUGGGGCUAGGAAAGACCAUCCAGACCAUUGUCUUCUUGUACUCUCUGUACAAAGAGGGACAUUCAAGUGGCCCCUUCCUGGUCAGUGCACCUUUGUCUACCAUCAUAAACUGGGAGCGUGAGUUUGAGAUGUGGGCACCAGAUUUCUAUGUGGUGACAUACACUGGAGACAAAGACAGCCGCGCUGUCAUCCGGGAAAACGAGUUUUGUUUUGAUGACAAUGCAGUCAAAGUCAGCAAGCGAGCUGUCAAAAUCAGGAGUCAGGCACAAGUGAAGUUCCAUGUUUUGUUGACCUCCUAUGAGUUGGUUACCAUUGACCAGGCAGCACUGAGCUCCAUUAAAUGGGCCUGUCUAGUAGUAGAUGAAGCACACAGACUGAAGAACAACCAAUCCAAGUUUUUCAGAGUGUUGAAUGCUUACAAGAUUGACUGGAAGCUGUUGCUGACAGGAACACCACUGCAAAACAACCUAGAAGAACUCUUCCAUUUGCUUAACUUUCUCACGCCUGACCGUUUCAAUAACUUAGAGGGCUUCCUUGAAGAGUUUGCUGACAUCUCAAAAGAGGAUCAGAUCAAGAAGCUCCAUGAUCUUCUUGGUCCCCACAUGCUUCGACGCCUUAAGACUGAUGUUUUCAAGAACAUGCCCUCCAAGACGGAACUGAUUGUGCGUGUGGAGUUGAGUGCAAUGCAGAAAAAGUACUAUAAAUUUAUUCUGACAAGAAACUUCGAUGCACUGAACUCCAAAGGUGGUGGAAAUCAGGUGUCAUUGCUGAAUAUUAUGAUGGAUCUGAAGAAAUGUUGUAAUCAUCCUUAUCUCUUCCCAGUGGCUGCCAUGGAAUCUGCCAAGUUACCAAAUGGUGCAUAUGAAGGCAGUGGGCUAAUCAAGUCAUCGGGGAAGUUAACACUGCUGCAGAAGAUGCUGAAGAAGCUGAAAGCUCAGAGCCACAGGGUGUUGAUAUUUUCUCAGAUGACUAAAAUGUUGGACCUAUUGGAAGACUUCAUGGACUAUGAAGGCUACAAGUAUGAAAGGAUUGAUGGGAGUGUCACUGGUGCAAUGAGGCAGGAAGCUAUUGACCGAUUCAAUGCUCCAGGAGCUCUACAGUUUUGCUUUCUGUUGUCGACUAGGGCUGGGGGGCUUGGAAUUAACUUGGCCACAGCCGACACAGUUAUAAUCUUUGAUUCGGACUGGAACCCCCACAAUGACAUCCAGGCCUUUAGCAGAGCUCACCGCAUUGGUCAGGCAAACAAAGUGAUGAUCUACCGCUUUGUCACUCGGGCCUCUGUCGAGGAACGAAUCACACAAGUGGCUAAACGUAAAAUGAUGCUGACACACCUGGUCGUUCGCCCUGGCCUGGGCUCCAAGACUGGUAGCAUGACCAAACAGGAGUUGGACGAUAUCCUCAAGUUCGGUACAGAAGAACUCUUCAAAGGAGAUAUUGAAGGUGAUAAUAAGGAUGAAGACAGCAGUGUUAUCCACUAUGAUGGGGCUGCUAUUGAUCGACUGUUGGAUAGGAACCAAGAUGCAACGGAAGACACAGAUAUACAAAGUAUGAAUGAGUACCUCACCUCCUUCAAAGUGGCUCAAUAUGUUGUCCGGGAGGAGGCCAAGGAAGAGGAGAUCGAGAGGGAGAUCAUCAAGCAAGAGGAGAAUGUGGAUCCUGAUUACUGGGAGAAGUUGUUGCGGCACCACUAUGAGCAGCAGCAGGAGGAUCUGGCAAGAAACCUGGGCAAGGGCAAACGGGUCCGCAAGCAGGUCAACUACAAUGAUGCUGCCCAGGAAGAUCAAGAAUGGCAGGAUGAUGUUUCAGACAACCAAUCCGAAUAUUCAGUUGGUUCUGAGGAAGAAGAUGAAGACUUUGAUGAACGGCCAGAAGGUCGUCGCCAAUCCAAGCGUCAACUCCGUGGUGAGAAGGAUAAACCGCUUCCACCUUUGCUGGCUCGAGUUGGUGGAAACAUUGAGGUUUUAGGAUUUAACACUCGGCAGAGGAAAGCAUUCCUCAAUGCAGUGAUGAGGUGGGGGAUGCCUCCUCAGGAUGCUUUCAACUCCCAGUGGCUGGUCAGGGAUCUGCGAGGCAAGAGCGAGAAGGAAUUCAAGGCUUACGUGUCCCUUUUCAUGAGACACCUGUGUGAACCUGGGGCUGAUGGUGCAGAAACGUUUGCAGAUGGGGUGCCUCGAGAGGGUCUGUCUCGGCAGCAAGUCCUGACAAGGAUAGGAGUCAUGUCUCUGGUGAAGAAAAAAGUGCAGGAAUUUGAACACAUCAAUGGAAAAUGGAGCAUGCCAGAGCUUAUCCCAGAGGUCACUGCAGAUUCUAAGAAAUCAUCCAGAGCCUCGUCCCCUGUAGUGAAGACAGCAACAACAACCCCAGAGCCCAGCUGUAGCAACACGCCCUGCACUUCGAAGCCAGCAACUCCUGCUCCAAGUGAUAAAGUGGAGGGAAGUGGAAAUCCUGCUGAAAAGGAGAUGCCGGAUGCCAAGGAUGAAGAGGCAAAUGGUGGCGAGAAAUUGGAACUAGAGACUCCGAGUACAGAGGAAGAUCCUGUGACCUUUGAAAAAGCUGAGACCCAGCCACUAGCUAGUGAAGAUAAAGAGCUGCCAGAAGAGGAGAAGCAGUGUGCUGGACUAGAAGGGCAAGAUACAAUGUCCAAAGAGGAAAAGCAAGAGACUGAAAGGAGUGGCAGGGAAACAACAGUCGAAAAAACUGAUGUGACCUCGGAGGUGAAAGAAAAGGUCGACCCCGAGACUGCUGGCAUUAAAGAGGAGACUAAAACAGAGAAGGAUUUACGAUCUAGUAAUGUCAAAGAUGAAAGCAAGAACAACGGAAAGAGGGAGGAGGACCGGACAGAGAAGUGCAAGUUCAUGUUUAAUAUUGCAGAUGGAGGCUUCACAGAGCUGCAUACACUGUGGCAGAAUGAGGAACGGGCUGCAAUAUCCUCUGGGAAAGUAUCUGAAAUUUGGCACCGACGACAUGACUUCUGGCUACUCUCUGGGAUUGUUGUUUAUGGAUAUGCACGGUGGCAGGACAUUCAGAAUGAUGCCAGGUUUGCCAUUAUCAAUGAACCCUUCAAGUUGGAAGUGAACAAAGGAAACUUCUUAGAGAUGAAGAACAAGUUUCUUGCUCGAAGGUUUAAGCUUCUGGAGCAAGCAUUGGUAAUCGAGGAGCAGCUGCGGAGGGCAGCCUACCUGAACAUGACACAAGAUGCCAGUCACCCAGCUAUGGCACUCAAUACCCGCUUUGCAGAAGUGGAAUGCCUGGCUGAGAGCCACCAGCACCUGUCUAAAGAGUCACUAGCUGGGAACAAGCCUGCCAAUGCCGUCCUGCACAAAGUUUUGAACCAACUGGAGGAGCUGCUGAGUGACAUGAAGGCAGAUGUGACCCGACUCCCCUCUACAUUGUCACGGGUCCCACCAAUAGCUGCUCGUCUCCAGAUGUCAGAACGCAGCAUCCUCAGCCGAUUGGCGAACAAAGGAAGUGAGGCUGCAAAUACUCCAGCUUUCCCACCAGGUCCAUAUACAACAUCUCAAGCAUAUGGUGGCUCUUUUGGGCCACCUGUUCCUGUCAGCACACCUGGAGGCCCAAUGAAUUUCAGUCAGGUGCCAGGUGGCUCCUUUGUAACAGAUCCUGUACAGCUCCCCCCACCAGUGAGCAUUCAACAUCCCGUUUCUGGAGCACUCACAAGCCAGGGCCACCUCAUCCUCCUACAGCCUUUUCUGCAGCCUCCCACCCAGAGGCCCAUCUCUUUCAGUAACGACCAGCUUCCUUCUAACACGCUGGGAGCCACAGCAUCCAAUGGUCCUUCUGUCUUAGAGAAAAAGGAAAGCGGCAAGGAUGGAGUGAACGUGGAAAAGAAAGAGAAGAGCGGGGAAAUAAUAUGCAUAGAUGAUUGAACUCUCCCAACCCUCAUCCUUGCCUGUCCCUGCCCUCCAUGCUGGUUAUGUUUUAUAUUUUUAUUUUGAGAGGAAACACAGGUUGAUGUGGUCGUUUUGUGUGUUUAAUGCCCUAGAAGGUGUGAGCGAAUGGGAGAGUUUAUAACUAUUUUUGAAGAUCUCUUUUUAACUCUCCACUAGCUCACUCCCAAUCUCCAGAGGACGCCAUGGUUUGGAUUUGGACAUUGGUGGGAAUGUCACUGUUGAUGUGCAUUGGUGAUCUUAGCUCACAGUAGUUUUAGAUAUUGAUGCAAGGCAUCAUCAAUUUUUUUUUCCUCCUCUUCCUCUCGUUGUCGGAAAUUCUGAGUGGAUGAGCUGGGGAAGCUCCAGCUCCAAAUAUCACCCCUAAUGCUGGAAAAUGUGAUGUUAUUUGAGCACCUCUGCCUUGACUUACUAAUGAGAGUAUGUUUGGCCUUUGAGACUCAAAUCUGAGUUAUCCGCAAAAACAAACCAGUUGAAAUUGACUCCACAUAUUCGCCGCAAGUAACUGGGGGCUGCAGCAGAAAUGUCACCCAGUAAAAGUCUAGAUGAAUGAGUACAGCAGUUUUGCACGAUGUAGUUGUAGCUGUUCGAGAUGUACUGGGCUCUGCAGCACUCCAGCCUCCUUGAGACCUGUUGUAGGUUGUAUAUUGGAUGUGAGAAGUGAUGGACUGGGUCAUUCUUGCUACAUUGAUAGCUUUUAAAAGGUAUUGCACCUCUCGAUCCUUAUGGGUUGAUAACUACAUCACUACUAGAACAACCCAUUUUCAUUGGAUAAUAGAGGUGUAUGGUGUAAUUGUAUGGUUUGAUUCCACGCCUAGAUCUCAGCAGGCACACCUGUUUCCAAAAUAAUCUUUCCAGCUUGAUCGCUCUUGGUCUAGCCUCUUGGACAGUUGUUUUAGAUUUAGGGUAUCCAUUUUGGUAGCAAGGCACCAAAUUACUUGUCAAUCCCAAUUUGUUUCUAUAUCAAUCUAUUUAUUUGCUUCCCUGAAAGGAGUGUCAGAAACGCUGCGUUGAGGGAGGGUGGAGGCGAUUGAAAAGCCUAGCUACUGGAAAUUGGCAUUCUGCUAAAUUUUCUUCCUUUGCCCAUAUGUUCAUUCAUAUGUCAAGUGUUCUAUUUUAUGACACUUUUUUCUUAACUAUUGGGAUGAAAAUUUCUGCGAAUCUGGAGACAUUGAAAUUUAAAAUGGAGAACACUUGGCAAUGGACAAAAGGGGAAUUCAGCGUUGUGAGAAGAGGAAUUAGAAUAUUUUCUAGUAAGGUUUUUGUUGCAGUGAACCUGGGCACAAUCUUGAACUCUACUUUCUCUGUCCCAUGCUGGCUUGUUGACUUUCUGUGCUUAUUUUUACAUUCAAAAGGAUAUGUUAAGCAUUAGAAUUUAAAGUUUUAUUUUCUUUUGUUGAAAUUUCUGCAGCCUCUUCUUGUAAUCUGUCCCUUGCCAUGAACUGUGUUGGGCCUUAGCUUCGUCCAGUGAGGAGGCUAAUGGAAUGGAUGUGCUCAGGAAUAUGGGUUAAGUGUGUAUGGAGGGAGCAGAAUGCCAAGCUCUUAGGUGAACCAUCCUGCUUUUCCUGUAUCACUUGUGCAGAUCAAGCAAAAGCUCAAAUUUAUCUAUCACGUCUGCGUGCAUCCCAGUACUGUUCAAAAAGGAAAUACCUUCAUGCUUUCUUGAAUGAGAUACUGCUCCUUUGACUUCUCCUCCAACCCCCGUCUUCUCUCUUCACAUUCUGAAUGAGGAUGCAAAUACGAGUGGCCUUUGGCCUUGCUACUUUGGGAUGAGUGGAUGGAUGAAUGUUUCCUACUUGCUGUCUGGUUUUGAGAGAAUAAGCAUGUCUCGUUCCCUGGUAUGUGACAUUGCUACAGGGCAGAACAGUUUUCCAGCACUCUAUCCCUGUACUUGUGGUCCCUGCCAGGUUGUGACUGCUUUGAAAUGUGUGGGAUAAGGGCUAAUGGGAGUGGGAGAUUGGAAGAAAUGUUUACGCCAGCAGAAGUGGAGAAGGGUUUGGGUAGGGAAAAAGCUCAAACUGAUGUGCCAUAUGCUUUGAGCAGAGAUCUUCUGUUCGUCGAGCUCAGGACUCCGUAGCUGUGAAGAUCUGUGGCGUUCUGUCCCACCUCAACCCAAGGGAACGCAUUGACCAGCUUGGCAUUUGUAGUGAGCAGGCACAGGGGCAAAAACUGCUUCGGAAAGGAAACUUAAAAUGUGUACUUUAAAUUAUGUCUGCGUAAUAAUCUGUUUCAGCUGACAUCUAUUAUUACUUAAUAUCCUUUGUUUUAAAAGAAUAUUUUGAAAAAAUUUUUCAUUAAAGUUUUUUUUUUGUUACAUGUU